GGGCCUUUGGUUGGAACCUGCAACGCGUAGAAGAGGAAGAAGAAAAGCGGCAAAAGCCCAAAAUCCCAGAGCCCGCCAUUAAGCGCGGCAUGGCUCUCCUUAUCAGCUGCACAGGAUCACCAUUCCUGAAGACAGGGGUGCAAUUCUCUCGGGACUUGGUUCCAUCUGCCCAAAGAUCUGUGCAACCAGGAGCCCGAAGCCUCAGGGUGAAAGCCUUCUUCAACCCUUUUAAUGAACCCAUUCUCAAAGAAGCUAUCAAGGAGCCAGUUGCGUUUUUUGGUGGUGCGUUUGCCGGUCUUCUGAGGCUGAACUUGAAUGAAGAGCCUCUUAAGGACUGGAUUCUUAGGUCAGUUGAAGCUGCAGGGGUUACAGAAGAAGAUAUUGAAGCAGGAAAUCCACAGGAGGAGGAGGCGGCACCGCAGCAGAUUGAGAUCGAGUGAAACCUAUCAAAGAAAAUGAUAAAAGCCAAUACGUAUCUAUAGUUUUCCUUUUGAAUCAUCCACUUGUACCCUAGUUGGUUCUUGUCAUUGUAUCUAUGUUUGUUAUAUCCUGCGACUUAAAAGGUAUAUGUUAUUGCAACCAAGUGGGUUCUUUCUAAAAAAUUGGCACCUAUGAGCUAUCUGAAUCUAAUCAGCACGUAGAUGCUACCUUUGAUUCUUGGAUGUCUGUUUCUUCUGUACAUUUACCUGUAUAAGAUUCUCUGAUCCUAGUUGCAUUGGUUUCACUGUUUCGUCCU